CACCAUCCAAAAAGACAAACGAACAAAAUCUAAAAUCCACUCCCCUCACAGAAAACCCAUCUCCCAGAUUCUUCUUCUUCACCCCCUUUUUUCUUCUUUUUGUCUUCAUCUUCAUGAUCCACAAGCCCAACAUCCCCACUCGCCGGAUUCUGACCUUCCCGGCGGUUCACCCAUGCGAAACCAUAGCUCCGGCGACGCUCCUCGCUUCCCUCAUCUGCCUAUGCCGCUCCGCCUGCGACUACAGAUCCAAGUCGUUCGGCAGCAGCAACGCGCGGAAUGCGCGCCAAACCAUUCGCCAGGUCGGUAACCUCCUCAUCCUCCUCCAGGAAAUCCGGUUCUCCGCCGUUCCCGACUCGAUCCUCCUCGGCCUCUCGGAGCUCCACUUCACGCUCCAGAAGGUCGUGUACCUGCUCGACGACUGCACCCGCGACGACGGCGUCCGAAUCUGGAUGCUGAUGGAGUCGGAUCGGGUCGCCAAUCAUUUCCGGGUUCUCGUUCGCGAGAUGGCUACGGCUCUGGAGGUCCUGCCGCUCGAGGCUCUCGAUCUGCCGUGCGAGGCGAUGGAGGUGGCCGAGUUGGUGACUAGGCAAGCGAGAGAGACGAGGUUCCGAGUCGGAGCGGAAGCCCAAGCAGCCAUGGCUACUGUCUUGGCGAUCUUGAGCCGGUUCGAGAGCGGCGAGGUCCCCGAUCGCGGAGAGGUCAAGCGAGUCCUGGACUACAUCGGGGUGAAGAAAUGGAGCGACUGCUACAGGGAGGUAAACUUCUUGGACUCUGAGAUUGAGUUUCACUAUUCGAACAAUAAGGAAAUGAGAAGAGAAUUGCAACUGCUGAGUAGCCUGCUAGGGUUCGCGAGUUACGCUAGGUGCGUGUUGUUCGAUUCAGUCGACGGCAAAUCCGAUCCGCCCGUUCACUGCGAGGGUGAAAGCCGUGACGAUGAGUUGCUGGGUUCCCUUGACGGGGACGAUUUCCGCUGCCCGAUUUCUCUUGAAAUCAUGAGGGAUCCCGUCACUAUCGAGACAGGGCAUACUUACGAACGUUGCUCGAUUCUGAAAUGGUUCAGGGCUGGAAAUGCAACCUGUCCCAACACAGGGAACAAGUUGUCAAGCACAGAGUUUGUACCCAACGUUGCUCUGAAGCAACUGAUUCAGCGCUAUUGCCUUGCAAAUGGCAUCCCAUUUGUUGAUUCCAGUCGCAAGGCCCGGGACAUAACCAGAACGGCUGCUGCUGGGAGUUUGGCUGCUGAAUUUGCUAUGAAAGCUGCAGCUAGAUUUCUGGCCGAUAAGCUCCUUGGUGGGGAUUAUAAAUGGAGGAACAGAUCAGCUUAUGAGAUCAGGCUUCUCAGCAAAACAAGCAUCUUUAACAGGUCUUGUUUGGUGGAAGCCGGAGUUAUUCCUGCUCUCUUGGAAUUGCUGUCUUCAGAAGAAGACGACGGUUCUUGUCAGGAGAAUGCCAUUGCAGCCCUUCUGAAUCUCUCAAAGCAUUCGAGAAGCAAGGCUUUGAUUGCUGAGAAUGGUGGGUUGAGAUUCAUUGUAGAUAUGCUGAAGAAGGGAGUGAAGGUGGAGGCAGCUAGGCAGCAUGCAGCUGCAACACUCUUCUAUCUCUCUUCAGUAGAGGAGUACAGGAAAUUGAUUGGUGAAACCACAGAAGCUAUCUCGUAUUUGGUAGAGAUGGUCAAAGAAGCAAACUACAGGGGGGAAAAGAAUGCUCUUGUUGCAAUCUAUGGGCUGCUGAUGCAUUCAGGAAACCAAUGGAGGGUUCUUGCAUCUGGAGCAGUUCCUUUACUUCUCGAUGUCUUGAUCUCUUCAGACAGACACGAGCUUGUGACGGAUUCUUUAGCAGUUCUGGCAACACUAGCAGAGAAACCUGAGGGGGCAAAAGCGAUUAUUAGAUGCGGAGCUUUGCCUCAGGUUGUGCGGAUUUUGGCUGCUGCCAAUCCAAGCGCCACAAUGGAGCAUUGUGUCUGCCUGUUGCUUGCUAUAUCCAUCAAUGGUGGUGAAGAUGUGGUGGCUUAUCUGGUUCGUAGCCCUUCUCUGAUGGGUUCAUUAUAUUCCCAACUCAGCGAAGGCACAUCUCGAGCAAGCAAGAAAGCUGGUGCUCUCAUUAAGGUUCUUCAUGAAUUCUAUGAAAGAACCUCCUCCACUUCGAAAGCAACCGUUCUUCCUCGGGAACGAUUUGUUCAUGCGUGGUAAACCCAAAGCCAUUUUUAUCAUUUGGGUAUUCCACAUUUUUCAUUCUUUUCAUUUCAUUUGCAAGCAUCUGCCCACUGUAUAUACACUGAAAUCGUGUAGAGGAUGCUUGCCUCCUUUGUUUUUGUUGACAUUAGCUCGGGUUUUUGAAGAGCUACCAACAUCACAUUGUCAUGGCUUCUACAUUUUUAAA